AUGGAAGGCGUGUCCGUAGAGUGGAAAGGUGGGCGUGAACGUGGGCGCUCUAGGAAGCCGUGGGUUUGGGCGGCUCUGCACAUCCUGGCUCUGUUGAUAUCCGCCGCCCACGCUCAGCUGGACAACGAGGACUCCGUUUUGGGCGUCUUCAUGGACUCCGGUAUCGUGCAAGGAGAACGCUCGGUGGCCCAGGAUCUCAUCACCUCCACCAUCAGUGCCAGUGCCGCCUCUAUGUCACGGGGGAGUGUCACUGUCAAGGCUCUGUCAUCCAUGAAUGACACGAUGCCCGAGAACAUGGCGGCUGUUUUGACAAUGUCGUCAUGUGAAGCGACUCAUGCCUGGGCAGAUGGCUUGGCGGAGAUGGGGAAGCUGCAUAUUGCUAUUACAGCUGCCGGUUGCCCAAGGAUCAGAUACCCAACCGCCCUGACUGUUCCUUUGUCCAGCGGUUCUAGGGACAUUGUUCAGGUGUUCACUGAUCUACGAAACAAGAACACUCUCACCUGGAACGACAUUACACUUAUUCAUGAUGAUAGUGUGGACAAAUCCGAGAUUGGCGAUUUGGUGAACCUCUUGGCCGACAGCACAGACAUGUACAAGGAGACAGCCAUUACCAUCGUGGAUCUUGCUUCUGCUGAAACUUCGUCGAUGAAACUCGGCAAGCUCUUCUCCACCUUGGGUCCCCGUCCAGGCGAACCUCAGAACAGGCAGUUUCUUGUCAUUGCUUAUAAGGACGACAUCAUCCCCAUUCAAGAUUUGGCCCGAUCCCUCGGUCUCUUCGGGUCCCAGCAUCAGUGGCUCUUCGUCAUCCCCAACACCCACGCCCUUCGCUACGACAUGGACUCUUAUUUGGCCAACAUGAAGGACGGAGACAACAUGGCCUUCGUGUACAACAUGUCCGAUCUCGCGCCCACCGUUGAGUGUAAUAACGGAUACGACUGUUACAUAAAACUAUUAACUUCACAAUACGUCGAGUCUCUGUCGGAGGCGCUGACGAAGGAACUUGAUCUUUACUAUCAGGUGUCCGAAGAAGAAUGGGAAGAAGUGAAGCCUACACCAGCCCAGCGCGCGAUCACCAUUGUGAAUAUGAUGAUGGAAAAGCUCAAAGAAUCGGAGGAAUGCUCUCGUUGCACGCGCUGGGGCUUGCAAGCUGCAGAGGUCAUGGACUCGGAGAGGUUCGAAUUGCUCAACGUUGCAGACUGGCGACCUAUGACCGGACUUAGUCUUAUGGACGACCUUUUCCCGCACGUCACAGGAGGUUUUCGGGGUCGAACUAUCCCUGUGACCUCGGUUCAUACCUGGAUCCUCAUCGCCAUCACGGUGCUGGUCAUGGGCCCCAUUCUCUUCCUCAUUAACCGGAAUUCCCCGUUCUACACUUACUACGAUCUCUACGACGGCAAAGGCCUCUUCCGACUUCAGAAUUGCUCGUGGUACGUCUUCGGGGCCAUCUUGCAGCAAGGCGGAACCAAACUGCCCCUAAGCAAUUCGGGUCGUCUCGUCGUGGGUUUCUGGUGGAUUUUCGUCCUUAUCGUCGUCACCACGUACUCCGGGAACCUCGUCGCCUUCCUGACCUUCCCGAAGAUCGAGAACGCGGUCAGCAGCCUGGAUGACCUGCUGCGGGUCAAGGACUCGAUGACCUGGGGCUACAUAGGGGGCACUGUGCUCGAGGACUACUUUAAUAACGCCAAGGAGAAGUUCGCGGACAUCGGCGCCCUGGCGGAGGUCCACGAAGCCAAGUCGAGCCAGGCCCUGUACGACCGAGUCCGCUCCUCGCCGCACGCAUUCCUCGAGUGGAAGACGAACCUGCUGUUUAUCAUGAAGGACGAGUUUAAGGCGACGGACAGCUGCGAUUUCUCGUUGGGCAAAGAAGAAUUUUACCAUGAGAAUGUCGCAAUGGGAGUUCCAAGAGACAGUCCCUUCAUUGGAAGAUUUAACAGAGAGAUCAAGAAAAUGCAGAUCGGCGGCCUGAUCCAGAAGUGGAAGCAGGACUACUGGCCCAAGAAGGACAAGUGCUCCUCGACCGCCUAUGGAGGAGGAGACGCCACCAGGACUGUGUCGCUCUCCGAUAUGCAAGGGUCCUUCUUCCUGCUCUUCCUCGGCUUCGUGCUGGCGGCCGUCGUGAUUUCGUGCGAGUGUAUUUUCCGGAGGCAAAUCAAAAGCGGCCAAGGUUCGCCCACGAGCACUGGCACACUGGUCAAGCCGUUUAUGGCUUAG